AUGGCUCCUCCACCCCCUUCAAAUUUGCCUUUGCCCGAGAGGCUCAAGGCUCUUGCUCAGACGUUGCAAUUCGCCUGGUUUGUUGGACAUGUGACAUUGUUACUCUCUGUCCUACGCUAUUUCGUGUCUUACAUCACAUUCAACUAUUACUCCAACUCGGCCCAAGUCUCUUACCGCCUGGCAUUCUUGUCGGCUGCUGCGACAUACGGAAUUGUUGUGUACAAGGGCCAUAUCGCUCGCGGCCGGCUCCAGGGCGGGCUCCCUAACAUUGCGAUCAAACUUGCUGGCGAUGAGAAUGUCCAGUACCUUGGCACUGCGCUGGUGUGGCUCUACUCGCGCCAGGUGUCGCUCGCUCUGCUUCCAUUCAGCGUUUAUUCCGUCUUCCACGUUGCGACCUACACUCGUGCUCACCUGAUCCCUACCCUCCAGGGCCCUCAGGCCGCUGGCGCUCCGGGAUCUCCCUCCUCUCCCGGUUCGCCCAGGCCUACAGUUAGACAAUCUCCCUUGGCGGAAACUAUUGGCCGCUUCGUGAAACAGUACUACGAUGCCAGCAUGGAUCUUGUGGCGCACCUCGAGAUGGCGUUGUUGUUCCGCCUGGCCGUCGCCGUUCUCACUUUCUCGAAGGGCAGCAUUGUCCUUUUCGCUAUCUACUUGGCUUUCUUCCGUGCGAGAUACUCCCAGAGCUCCUUUGUCCAGAGCUCCGUCCGCCACUUCACUGCUCGAGUCGACGCCUCGGUUUCCCACCAGAGCACCCCACCCGCCGUUCGCCAGGGAUGGGAGUCUUUUAAGGCUUUUGUGCGCCAAGCCUACGAGGCCACCGAUCUCGGCCGCUUGAGCGGAGCGACCGCUAAGAAGCCCCAAUAA